AUGGCCCCUGUCGGAUUCAUAGUGCAUCAUUCCAACCAUUUCUUCGUGGUCAUAUUCGACUAUGAGCGACGCAUGGCGCACGUCUUGGGUCGCCAUAUUUCUGCGGAUUCAAUGGAUGUAGACGGAGAGGAUCCACAUGACUGGAACGAUUGGAGAGGUCCGGAAUAUUGGAGGAAAAUCGGAGCCCUUCAUGGAUGGAGCACAGGAGAUGUCUCAGACGUGUCCAUCAACCCAAUGGACUGGGAGCAAAAUGGGGUCGACUGUGGUCCCAUCGCUUGCUCCGUGCUGGCGCAAUGUCUGAAGCUGGGUUUGGAUGAGCAGGGCAACUUACCCGACUUUGAGAUCCAAUGCGGUCACAAACUGCGGGUUCACAUGCUGCGCGCUAUUGCUGCGCAUGUCAAGCUCUGUUGCAGCAACUCCCUGAUGCUCCUAGACAGCCCACGAGAUGAUUGGAAAAACGACGAGCUACCACCCGACGAGGACAUCAUCAAUUCGAUCCAGAAUGGGCGAUACCAGGCUGAUUGCCUGAAGGUCCUGCGGAGGCUGACUGUUGUGAGCGCCACCUGCUCCAUGUGUCAACGCCCCAUCGUCCAUCAAGAUGGAGAGCAUUGCCUCGUACAGUGGUGA